UCGGUCUGCCGACCAAGAAGAAGAAGAAGAAGAGGAGGGGCGGCUGAAGGAUGUUAAUUAGGAAAUCACGAUGGUUGAUCCAGCGCGCGAAGUAACUUUCAAAAAGGAAACCGUUAGUAAACUUUUGAUGUUGUUCUUCAAGGACGACAAAAGCAAAGUCAGCAACGAUACCGUCACUCUCAUGGCUGAGAUGCUGAGAAUUUUCGUUAUCGAAGCAACACGCAGAGCAGUAAAACAUGCAGAGAAUGAAGACUGUGUUGGUGUGGAUUUGGAACAUAUUGAAAGAAUUUUGCCUCAGCUGCUUUUGGAUUUCUGAGACACAUGAUCUGGCCAACGUUGGACCUUUGGGAUCAACCAGAGAGACUGGACCAAACAUACUAGCAACAGAUGUAAAAGCAUAUCAAUUUAAUAAAAUGUGUUUGCUUGUAUUUAAGAUGGUAUUGUUAUCCAACCUUGUCUACCUCUUUUCAUGGGGAAGUCAUUCUAACAUCGGUAACAAGGAUCCUGUUCUUUCAUCACAUAGUACAUGGUGGUGUUUCACAGCUAUUUGAAAAUUUGCUUACCUUUCUGCCAAAAAACAACCUGUAUAAUGCAUGUAUUAAUAAUAUCUGAUUUAUUUCCAAAAUUUGUAUCUGAUAAUAAAAGUAUGUAAAACGUA